CUUAAUACAAGGCUAACGCUUACUUUAACAAAACAUAUAAAAUAAAUUUCUAAUUUCGUUUGAAACCACCUGUAUGUUACGUGAAAGAAAAUUAGUUUCGAAGAUGUGCCCUCGAGCGGCGCAUGCGCCAUUAUCUCGUUAAGCGGAGCGCAGUACCCGGUGCGGUGACAUCUCAUUGUGUUGUGCACGGCAGUCACGAGAUGGCGUUACCAGUGUUCGUGAUUCUAAUCGUCUCCUCGACGUUUGUAACCAGUGAAAAGUAUGGGAGAGACGGAUUUAUUGAUCAUUUGAAUAACGGAAUGAAGUUUGCCACUGAUAUUCUUGGUACUGAAUCGGUGGCAUCAAAAGUGGCAGAAUUCGUGGUAAAAGCUUUCCAGACAGCCGCUAAACCUCCCUCUUCUGCCGACAGGCGCCACCCCUCAUCUCAAAACGCAGAGUAUUCGAGCGAGGACAGUGAAGAAAUUACAUUAGAUAAUCGACCUAAUUACAAUAUCAAUGAGGCCCCGAAUCCAAUGACGCCUUUAAAGUACUUAGUGAGACUCUUUGGACUUCAGCCGAAUCAGAUCAGCGCCGUAGCAGUGAACGCUUUGGUGUUUGUAGCACAGAUGAUCUCAACAUUCUUAGCUGGGACCAAACGACCAAGCCGACCAUAUAGAUCAGAGGACCCGACUGCCUGGAUCCUAAACAAGAGGUCGAGAGUACUGCAAGAUAUCAUAUCCGAAGCAAGGAACGACAGCUUAAUCGACGACAUUGAGGAUCUUAUUAAAAAUCAAGGAGAUGAAGAAGAAACCAGUUGCAUAAGAUUGUUAGCUUGUAAAAUAUCGCCUUUUGUUCACAAAAUGCAAGUGGCUGUAUUCGGAACAGAGAAAAUGGAAGAUUUUAAGAAAGUUCGCGGCGCAGAUUCAAUGUACCGCCAUCUACCGACCGCGGAAGAAAUUAACAAAAGAAGCGACAUCUGUGAACAGAAGCAUAGGAGUUGUAAUUUGAAGGAGUGAUCUUAUAAAUUAUAUAGAUCAAUACUUUUAUAAUGAAAAUUUUAAAUCAU